AUGAUCUGUUAUAUUGUAUCUUUGCAAAAUGUACUGUGUGUAAAUUAUUUAGAUGAUUUCGGUGGUGCUGACGUACCCUCUCGUGCGCAUCACUCUUUCCGUGCUUUGUCGGAUACGUUGCACCGUGUUGGUGUGCAGGAGAACGUUAAGAAGGCCAGUGAACCCUCGCCCAUCAUGGUUUUUCUCGGUGUACUUCUGGAUUCAGAUCGUUUGGAGUUACGGAUUACUCCGGAGCGCUUGGAGGAAAUUCGUUCUCUACUUUCAAGAUGGAUGAAGAAAAGAUCGGCCUCAAAAAGGGAUUUGCAGUCACUUCUUGGAAAACUUCAGUUUAUUGGCAAAUGUGUGAAACCAAGCCGUGUGUUCAUAUCGCGUAUAUUAGUGCUGCUACGUGGUUUGAAAAAUAAUGAUCAAAAAGUGAAGUUGGGUAAUGAAUUUAGGAAAGAUAUCAAGUGGUGGAUCAGUUUUGUUCAUAUCUAUAAUGGUGUGUCCAUGAUGAAAACCAGUCAAUGGUCUACUGUUGAUCAAGUGUUCUCAUCAGAUGCUUGUCUUUCUGGAUGUGGAGCUAUCAAUCAGUGUGGUGAAUUCUUUCAUAAAACGUUUCCCAAAUGUGUGCUUGAAGCGUGCUCAAAUAUAGCUCAGUUUGAGUGUAUCAGUGUUGUAGUCGCUUUAAAGUUGUGGUCUGUGAAAUGGCAGGGGUUGAAAAUAUCCAUUUUUUGUGACAAUCAAGCAGUUUGCUCUGUUUUGAAUUCUGGGAGAACCAAGGAUCCAAUCUUACAGAAGUGCCUUCGCGAGGUAGCAUACUUGGCAUGCUCUCGCGAGUUCGAGCUUCGAGCAGUGCAUCUGUCCUCGGCCAGCAACAGACUUGCAGACUUACUCAGUCGCUGGCAUUUAGAUCGUUCUUACGCAGAACUAUUUGCGCACGAGGCGCUUCUGAAUGGAUAUACGGAGAUAAAUGUGGAUGAUUCAAUGUUUAUCUUAGAAAACGAUUGA